AUGCAAGACAAGGACAGAGUUAUACAAGACAAGGACAGAGUUAUACAAGACAAGGACAGAGUUAUACAAGACAAGGACAGAGUUAUACAAGACAAGGACAGAGUUAUACAAGACAAGGACAGAGUUAUACAAGACAAGGACAGAGUUAUACAAGACAAGGACAGAGUUAUACAAGACAAGGACAGAGUUAUACAAGACAAGGACAGAGUUAUGCAAGACAAGGACAGAGUUAUACAAGACAAGGACAGAGUUAUACAAGACAAGGACAGAGUUAUACAAGACAAGGACAGAGUUAUACAAGACAAGGACAGAGUUAUGCAAGACAAGGACAGAGUUAUACAAGACAAGGACAGAGUUAUACAAGACAAGGACAGAGUUAUACAAGACAAGGACAGAGUUAUACAAGACAAGGACAGAGUUAUGCAAGACAAGGACAGAGUUAUACAAGACAAGGACAGAGUUAUACAAGACAAGGACAGAGUUAUACAAGACAAGGACAGAGUUAUACAAGACAAGGACAGAGUUAUACAAGACAAGGACAGAGUUAUACAAGACAAGGACAGAGUUAUACAAGACAAGGACAGAGUUAUGCAAGACAAGGACAGAGUUAUACAAGACAAGGACAGAGUUAUACAAGACAAGGACAGAGUUAUACAAGACAAGGACAGAGUUAUACAAGACAAGGACAGAGUUAUACAAGACAAGGACAGAGUUAUACAAGACAAGGACAGAGUUAUGCAAGACAAGGACAGAGUUAUACAAGACAAGGACAGAGUUAUACAAGACAAGGACAGAGUUAUACAAGACAAGGACAGAGUUAUACAAGACAAGGACAGAGUUAUACAAGACAAGGACAGAGUUAUACAAGACAAGGACAGAGUUAUACAAGACAAGGACAGAGUUAUACAAGACAAGGACAGAGUUAUACAAGACAAGGACAGAGUUAUACAAGACAAGGACAGAGUUAUACAAGACAAGGACAGAGUUAUACAAGACAAGGACAGAGUUAUGCAAGACAAGGACAGAGUUAUACAAGACAAGGACAGAGUUAUACAAGACAAGGACAGAGUUAUACAAGACAAGGACAGAGUUAUGCAAGACAAGGACAGAGUUAUACAAGACAAGGACAGAGUUAUGCAAGACAAGGACAGAGUUAUACAAGACAAGGACAGAGUUAUACAAGACAAGGACAGAGUUAUACAAGACAAGGACAGAGUUAUACAAGACAAGGACAGAGUUAUACAAGACAAGGACAGAGUUAUGCAAGACAAGGACAGAGUUAUACAAGACAAGGACAGAGUUAUACAAGACAAGGACAGAGUAAUACAAGACAAGGACAGAGUUAUACAAGACAAGGACAGAGUUGAAGCAAAGCGUGAUACAUUCAUAAAAAAAUAG